UCGGCCGCUGGACUCCAUGGCAGUGUCCGCUGUUGUCGAGUGUCUUUUUCGAUGGUGCAGCUGUUCUGUGAUAGAUGGGUAGAAAGCGGUUCCUUAUUUUAUGCCGGUGGGCCAAGAAGUGUUCUGAGGUGCAGUAGGAUCGAGCGUGUGGUCCGUAUAUUCGAGCAGAAGGAUCGUUGGGUGUAGCGCGUUGCCGGAUUAUACCCAGAACGCUCGCUGUCUGCAACAUACUUCGGUGGGCCGCAAUAGCGCGCAGGAACCGGGAAAACUACGGCACAAGACGGAGCGCGUUCGGACGUCGCUCGUUCGAGAAGGCGACGGGCCAGCGUGUUCACUGUGGCGUCCAGCACCCGAGCGCGCGGAGGCAAUCACCGAGGUGCAUGAAGUAGCAGCACAAGCCAAGUAGCAGGCCGUUGAAAUGUCUUUGGCUAAUAAUUAGAACCGCUGACUGCCUAAUGCUUCCAUCUGCUUUGAAUCCUCCCGCUUCUGGAAGGUGGACGCAGCCUACUGGUCUUGCUGGGUGAUGGAUGGACAAAAGCUUUGUUUGAAGCCCAUGACUGGCGGUUUCUCUUGCGGGAGGCGAUGGGGAUUAGGCAGCCCGGAGGCCCUACAGCCUGGCAGCUACCUCGGCCUGCCCUGCGACCCAGACCUGCCCAUCUGUGACGCAAAAUGCAGCUUUGAACCUCGAAGUAGGCUGGAGAAGUUGCUGGACAAGGCCGGAAGCAGACCCUCUGGAUCAGCAGUAACAAUGUCAAGCGACACUCCCGCCACUCCGCAACCCUGUGGAUCAGCAGCCACAAUGUCAAGCGACACCGCCGCCACUCCGCAACCCUCUGGAUCACCAGCCACAAUGUCAAGCGAAACCCCCGCCACUCCGGAAACAAGCGAUGCUGCCCCUUCAGGCGAUCCAGCCACCACGAAUGACGACACAGGGAAACCUGCCACCACCAGCGCAGUGUGCUCAACGCCUCAACGACAACGCAAACUCAAGGGCGAAGGACCCCACGUAUGUCCGGUGUGUGAAAAAACCUUUGUACGCAGAUCGUGCGUCCAACGACACUUGAAGACCACGCAUGAGGGUGAAAGGCCUUACCAGUGCCCCAUCUGCGAAAGGAGGUUCUCGCAGAAGGUGUCGCUCACAAGACACCAACAAACGCACACCGGCGAAAAGCUGCACGAGUGUUCCAUGUGCGGAGGCAAAUUUGCCUCCGAGAAAACCCUCAGCGCACACCAGCUGACACACAUUGGUGCAAGGCCGUACCAAUGCCCCACCUGUCCAGCUGCGUUUGCCAGGAAGGACACGUUGAACUGUCACCUGCUUACUCACACUGGAGAGCGUCCACACAAAUGCGAUCUGUGCGGCGCAAGUUUUUCCGACAAGGCGGCGCUCAGGCGUCACCGCCUCAUUCACGUGCGUCAGGCUGUUGUCUCCGCGAUCGAAUCGGCGCGCCAUUGCAAUCUCAAAAGCCAUGGUCAGGUGCCCAUCACCUCAGAUUCCCCACAUUCAUCUGGAACUUCUACGCCCCUUAUCACACCCCAGGCGGAUGAUGAUGAACAGAUGUAUGCGAACGAGCAGUUCCCUUACCACUGCAGUCCGUGUGGCAGGAACUUCGUUCGGAGGGAAACAUUCACUAACCACAUGAGACAACACGCAGAUGGAAAGGUGCAUGCCUGCAGCGAUUGUCCGGUCACGUUUGCUCAUAAAAGCCACCUGGACCGACACAAGCUCCAGCACUCCGGCAGGAAACCCUACGAAUGCAACAUGUGCGGUAGGAGGUUCACUAGGCCCUGGGGCCGGUCACGUCACUUGCGAGAAGCUUGCUGUGCUAGGGAGAAAAUUGUUACAGGUGCACAGGUGACUGGCGAGGCUUCGCUGAGCAGCCACCAAAUGCCAGCACUGCCGGAAGACAGUGAAAACACCGCUUUAGGGCUUCAUCUGUUCUACUUGCAGGUGGCUGGUAGGGCUUUGCUGAAUAGCCACCAGGUACCACCACCCCCUGAAGGAGAGGAUAACGCUUUAGGGCUUGAUCAGUUCCGCUCUGAGGUGGCUGUGAAGGCUUCACCAAGUGAACGCCGGACACCACCACCAUCAGAAGGCGAGGAUAACACCAUCCUAGGGCUUGAUCUGCUCCACUGCAAUGUGGCUGACAAGGCUUCACCAAGUGGCAGCCAAACAGUACCACCAUCAGAAGACGAUGGAAACACCGCUUUAGGACUUGAACUCUUCCACUCUGAGGUAGCUGUGAAGGCUUCGCCAAGUGAACACCGGAUGUCAACAGCAUUGGAAGGCGAGGAUAAUGCCGUUCUAGGGCUUGAUUUGUUCCACCGUGAAAUGGCUGACAAGGCUUCGCCAAAUGCCUGCCAGACACAACCACCACCUGAGAGUGGCGGAAAGGUGGGUUCAUAACUGGGUCCAUUCUUUUGAGUGCCAAUCGGUGUAUCCUUCGAGGAGAUGACUAUCAAGCUUUCGCCAAAGAGCCACCAUAUGUCUUCCCCCUGAAGAAAUUUGUUGCUGGUUUGUGGUUGGCAAAGUUAUACCUUUAUUUGCAGGCUCAAGCAAAUGCCCACUUUAUCAUGAAAUACUGACACUGGACAGAAUGUCUUCAUUUCAUUGUGCACUUCUCUAAACAUGCAGUGAUGAACCAAACAGCCAAGCAACACCUUUAAAUUAUACUUCUGUUUACUGAAUAUGUUAUGUAACGUUUAUAAAGGACUCGUGCCGAA